CAGUGUCUAUCGUUACAAACGUUUUGAACAAUGUUGGAUGCAUUAGGCAAAUAUUUCACGUCUUUUCUUACACUCCAUGGAAAAAAUACCGAGUUCCGGACCUCAGUGGAGGGUCCUGCAAAACAAGCAAACUCGCUUUGCGAAAGAUCCGUAUGGACGUCAUAGACAACAGGCUCGUUUAGAAAGUGGGAGGACCAGGCGAAGUCAAAUAUGCAAUCCCUACAUGCAAGAGCCACUUGAAAAAUACAGAGGUAGAAAAGGGUCCCGCAGUUACAUCCAUAUCCAACCUCAGAGGUCAACAGAACUUCAGCCUUACAAUCAACUGGAAUUAACGACACAGAGUGGUAAUGACUCAGACUUCAAGACACUUUUGUUAAAAAUGGUUGUACAGCCAUUAAACGCUGUGGCAGGAUUCCUGUGUUCUAUAAAGAGUCUACAGCCAUCAUUAGAUACUGAGUUAAAUGACUCUCGGAUCCAAGCUGAGCUUCAGAGCCUUUAUAGCCAAAAAAGAAUGGAAGUAGAGAGUGCAGUCAAAGAUGCAAGUAACCUUGUUCUCUCAGCUGAACUGUGGAGUUCAAAUGAGGCGAUGUUCUAUCUGACAGUAUCUUGCCACCUAAUUACAGAAAACUGGAGGCAGAAAUCCUACGUGCUAGAUACAGCUCACUUACUCAAUGAGCAUACACCAGAAUAUGUCCAAAAGCAGCUUUUGAGAAUUUCAAAUGAGUGGAGCAUCACAGAGAAUAUUCAAGUUGUGGUCACAAAUGUUGACGGCAUGAAAAAGGUCCCUCAUGGAUACCAAUGGGCAUAUCUACCCUGUUUUGCCAAUACACUGAAUAAAAUGUUUAAAGAAACCAUAGAUUAUUCUGACUGGAAACAUCUGUUAAGGAAAUGUCAGCGCAUAGUAGCAUUUUUUCACCAAAACAACAAAGCCUCAGAGAGUCUCCGAAAUUAUUGUUUUCAUAUUAAUCUCAAACUAACUGAACUGACUCAGAUCACUGAUCUAAAGUGGCUUCCAACGCUUCACAUGCUAAAGAGCAUCUUAGAGCUGUGGCCAGCCAUUUUCAAUGUUUUUGCCACAAGUCGAGUGGAUGAUCUGUGCUUAAACGAAAAUGAAAGAAAAACACUGAACGACAUAGUUGCAGUACUGAAUCUUCUUAAGAAGGUCACGGAAAAUAUAGGAAAUCAAGAGUACAGCCCCAUCUCAAACAUCAUACCACUGGUUCAGAAUCUGCAGAAGGAACUGAGGAACCUUGUGAUGAUGGGGAACAGAAUAGCCCAGAUUCUGUCUCAAAAAUGUGACUAUCAUAUUGGCAGCAUCAAGAAAAAUAAUUGGUUCAGGGUUAGCACAGCACUGGACCCACAAUACAAAACCUGUUUGCUGAACGACUCUGGGGUUGAAGAUGUCAAAACAGAAAUCAGAUCAAAGAUGAGGGAAAACACACACACUGUGCAGAGCAGAUAUGACUUUAAAAGUGAAGAGAUGAUUCUGCAAAAAUACUGGCAAAUAAACAUUUCAGAGAACCCACUUAAAUUCUGGAGCACCAACGUUGAGUUUAAACAACUGGCACCAGUUGCUCGCAAGUACCUCACAGUGGUCUCCACGGCAAUUCCAAUGGAAUGUGUACACCAAUUUGAAAAAUCACAGAUUAUCAACAGGAGAAGCAACUUGGAGCCCAAAAAUCUAAGCAUGAUCCUGUUUUUGAAUGCCAACUAGCAGAAAAUGUGAAUAUGAUGUGUGUGUAUGUGUAUAAAUGAAGAGUUUGGUUUCAAAAUGAGAUCAUUUUUUUCUAUUGUGCAUUCCAAUUCAUAUCAAUCAAACUGCAGUUGGUUUGUUUUGAUUUAAGCCAUAGUAAUUAAAAAAAUACAGCUAACUAACCCAAUAAAACACAAUAAAAAACAUGAUAACAUAAUAAAAAAACAUGUUAUCUCAUUUUGGAACCAAACUCUUCAAAUACACGUAUAUGUACACUAAAUGGACAAAAGUCUUGGGACACCACCUUCUAAUGAACAGGUUUGACUACUUUAGUCAUUUUUGCGAGCACAAAUCUUGAUGCUACAGCAUAUAAUGAUACUGACGAGAAUUAUCUGCUUGUGCCUUGUAAGUCGCUUUGGAUAAAAAAGUCUGCUAAAUGACUACAUGUAAAUGUUUUAAUUUUAUAGUAAAAUUUUGGGCAGGGCCAACAUGACAAUUGUGAACAACGCAGGGUUCAAAAAGAAAUGAUCGAUUCAGUCUAGUGUGGAAGAACUUGACUGCUCUGCAUAAAGCCCAAUCUGAAACCAGUUUAACACCUUUGGUGCAGUGUUGAAGUCUUGAGAUUCGGACUCGGUCUUGAACUCAGUCUCGAGACCAUAUUUUAAUGGUCUUGGUCUUGUCAUGGACUUGUGUGCAUUUUGACUCGUUUGUCUCGACGCGCACUUGAACAUUUUCAGAAUGGGACUUAUUCCCAAGUCCCAUCCAAAAUAUUAAAGACAUUGAAAAGACAUCCCUUUGUGGGCCAUAAGUGUUUCUACGACAUUUUAUGACGUCUCCUGGUUGUCUAAUAUUGACGUCCAGCAGAACUCUGUACAAAGUAAAAAUUUCAGUUUACACAUAGAAAUAAAUUAAUUGAGACUCUUUGAAAUAAACUGAGCUGAAGGAUUUGAAUGCAGUAAGAUAGCAAACAACCAUUAAAUCAAUGUAAAAAAUGGAUGAUUAGUCAAUGUUCAUUGCAUUGAAUCAGUAUCACUUUUGUACCUGCAAAAAUCACCUGGUCAUUUUUUAGCUUCUAUUUGAAUGUUAAAUUAGGUUUCCUUCAGCCAUAACGUGUGUUAAAAUACAUUAGUUGUGGCAAAGGAAGCAAGAAGAGAUGAUGACUUCUGAAUGGUAAAGUAUACAUUUUGAAGCUGUUUGGAUCACAGUCGGGUUUGUGUUAUUAAUGUGUCAGCUCUGUGGAUCUGUAGUUUGAGGUUUAAGAUUACUAAACCACUUUAACACACAAAGACAUCAAGAAUCUGCAUAUGAAACUCAACAAUGGUGACAAUAAAAAAAAAGAACGCUUCAUGCUGCAAUGCAUGCUGGGUAUCAACAAAGUACAACACUCAUUCAUGACUCCCAGCAUGCAUUGCUGUUAAUCUGUGUAUCUGAAUUAUUUUGAUGAUUGUCACCAUUGUUGAGGUUUGUAUGAUGAGCGCUGUCAGUGUAUGUGUCAGUGAAAAUGUUUUUGUUAAAUUUCACUCAAUACUUGUGCAUUUACUAGCCAGAGCACUCAGACCAGUCAUCAAUUGAUCAAUAAUGAUUAAAACUACUACAUUUUAUUACAGUCUGACAAUUUCCAUCAGAACAACCCCAACUUUUGUAAAAGCAUUUCUGUCUUUCUCAGUGCACAAGUGUUUUUGAAAUUUAACAAAAGUCAAGGAUCAAGAGCCCAACUAAAGCAAACACUGAUCCCAAUAAUGGUGAUUUCUGUGGGUGCAAAAUUUAAUGCAAUUAACACUGAUUUAAUGGUUGCUUUGCUAUCAUACUGCAAUCAAAUCAUUCAACUCAAUUUAUUUCAAAGAGUCUCAUUUAAUUUAUUUCCAUGUGAAAACUGAAAGUAGUCUGAUGAACCAGUUUUUACAAAGGUCCCCUGUAUGUCAAUAUCAGAUGUUCAGAAAACGUCAUAAUACUUUUUUUUAAAGACUUUAUUUUGGCCAAUAAAGGGACGUCUUUUCAACAUCGUCUAAUAGAAAAGAAGUCUUUUGGACAUAUCUUUGCUCAGGGGUAAGUCAAUUGUAAUAAAACCUUCACAUCACUUACUAUGUGGGCUUUUUUACCCUCAACUAAUAAUAUUUUAAACUAAUAUCAGUCCAAGUACAUAAAACACGGUGUUCAUGCCAUGGUAUAUUUAAUGCACUCUAUGCACUUGGUGUCAGUUUUAUUGUUUCCACCAAACAUUCAACAUAUUUUUAUAUUCAAUAUAUUUUUCCCAUGAUGUUAUUCUUACUGUAAAACUGUACAACUGAUUGUGGUUGUUUUUUUCCUGUUUUUAUGUAUUAUUUUUGUACCCUUGAUUGAUCUUUCUGUAUCUUGGCAUCUGAAAUGGUUGUUUUUGUUUCAAUAAAAAAUUAAGACAUCAGAUUUUAAACAAGAAGCUGACAAAAAGUCAAAUACACUGGCGAAAUAAAACUUCGAUUGCCAUGGUCACUGCAGAACGAGAAUUGACCAAGAUACAAGUACACGCUAUAGUAAAAGGAAAUACAAGGAGCGGUGGCACAGGUUUCUUUUGACUAGCAAAUGAGGACAUUCCAUGUCCUAUAUCUUUGGUGAACACGGGGCGGCACAGUAACACAUGGGCACACAUGACACUUAAAGAACUAAAUAUGGUACAGUAAAUGUUUAGCAGAGCUGAAAUGUCCAUAUUUCACACUCUAUUAAGGUCAUGUUUACCAAGUCUAUUUAUUCUUUCUAAUCUUAUUCUUGGAAUAAAAUCAC